AUGCCUCACUUUCGUCGUGAUGUCGUCCCCCCAAAUCGAUUGCCAUUUCUGGUCCCCAGCACCAUCAUAACUACCAAGUCGCCAUCUCUCGUGGCAAGAGCCGAAUCACCCGAGCCGACCUCGGGAGAAAAGCCCACCAGCAAUCUGACAACGACGGUCUUGCCCGUCGUGCUCGGUGUAGGUCUUCCCAUUUUGUGUGCUAUUGUCGUCCUCAUUGUGCUUCACCGGAGACAUGUCAAGAAACUUAGGCGGGAAGAUGCAAUGGAUAAACAUAAAUCUCUUGAUUUUGGAAUGGAUACAGUGGGACCUGCAACCAGGAGGAAAGGUCCUCAUGGCAUGCCCCCAAUGUCGGAACCAGCCCAUACCAAAGGAUUGUCUCUUGAUGUUGGUCCGUUCCUGAUGCCUCCGGGACUGAAUGAUUCCCCGGAUUCUCUGCACUCCAUGUCAAUAGACGAUGAUAAAUAUCGUCCGGCCACUGCCUCUAUUCGGUCGUACCCCCGGAGCAACCGGGAUGAUGCAUCGAGUUUCACGGGCUCCCGAUUUGGUGAUGACGGCAAUUCAGGCCUUCUCCAAAAUGCACAGAGGAUGUCUCGUUCAUCCCCACCGAUGUACUCCUCCCCUACCCAAUCUCAUGGACGCAGUCCUAUGAACCAGCGCAAUGACUACCUUGGCCAAGUUCCCGGGGUGACGCGUCCACCUGCUGCACAGCAACCCGGCAUGGCCAUUGGAAGUCCCAAUGGCAACAGGAAUCCCUCGCCAGGGCCGCUGCCUCAUCUGGAUUCCUCUUCGGGUCUUGACUUCGGACUGGACAAUACAUAUGGCAACACAUAUAAUAACCAGCAUGAAGAGCGCCUCAAAUUCCCGCUGCCUGAUGCCUCCCAGCCACGAGACUUGAACCAUGGCCAGGCUCCUGCAUCACAACUUCCUCGUAUUUCCCUGCCGGCCAGCGAUGUUACCACUAGUGACUAUGGCGAUGACCGCAAGUCGGAAUACAUUGUCCCUGCGGUCAACGCCAAUGGCAUUGAAAAUGUACAGAAACAUAAUGCCCCAAGCCACGAUAACAAGCGCCCAGAACUUCCAGAGGAACCUCAAAAUCUGGAUGCGGCAUAUGAUAACCGCCGCGAUACCCGACGGAUGACUCUCGGUUUGCGCCCGUUGCCCCCAGAGGACCCCGCCGACAACCCCGAACAGCGUGCCAAUCGGAUUCGUUCCUUCUACAAGGAAUACUUCGAUGAGAGCAAGAACGGCCAGGAACCCACAUACUAUGAGGACUUCGGUCCCGAGUUCUAUGAGAAUAAUGGUAACUCAGCUGGCUUCAUCUACGACCCGACCACCGGCGAGUACUAUGAUGCCGCUGCUGGUCCUGCGCCAUUCGCCGAGCCAGUCACUCGUCGCGCAAUGACACCGCCGCCUCGCGCGCCUCCCCGCUUCCAAGGAGCCGCCCGCCAUAUGGCAACCAACUCUGCUGGAGGUGGCAUGCCCGGCCCGCGCGCCUUCUCAUCUGCCUCUGGCCGUAUGCCCGGUCCACGGGCUCCCAAGAAAGCGGUUCCUCCCCCCUCGCCACUGCAUAUCCUUCCUACUCCUUCCAAGUUGACGGAUGACGCCCUAAUGACCGCCCUGGAAUUUGCUCCAGGGAAUGGAGCCAAGGACCGUCGCGCGGGUCGCCCCGAGACACCCACCGGCGGCGUUCGUCCCUACAUGCCUGGUUUGCGCGCGCACACGCCGCUAGUCUCUGCCUUUGACGAGCUCUCCGUGAUGCCCAGCCCCCACGCCCUGCGCAAGUCUGGCACGUACACCAAUCUGGAUUUCGUGCCGCCGCCUCGGUUCAAGAACGAGGGCGGUACGGGCAACGACGCGGGUAGUAUCCGCAGCGCUCGGACGGUCGUCUCUGCUAAUCACCAAAAUAACAUCCGCAUGGGCAAUUACCGUGUCAGUCGUCUGCCGGCCGAGGCGGUCGGUACUAAGGACGACAUGAUGGCCAGUUUGCGUCCGAAGUGGGAUAUGAACAGUACCUAA